CGGGAACCCCGCGAGGCGGUGCGGGCUUAUCUUCAUGUGUUCCCGCCCCUCGAUAAGAGUCGAACGCCCGAGUCAGAGCAGGUCCGCCGCGCUGGUCAAGUGCUCUCUCUACUCACGAUUUCGAAAAGAGAGCUUCCUUGGCUUCUCACAAACAUCUGUCGCGGGUGUGUGUGGCCUGAGAGCAGGGGACCCAGGAGUGACUGGGGAGCCAUGGAGACAGCUGGGAAAGAGGGCAUCAGUGUUGAAGAUGAAGCUGUUGAUAAAACCAUUUUCAAAGACUGUAGCAACAUUACUUUCUACAGGCGUCAGAAACAACAACUCUCCAAGAAUAACACCUACCGGGCAUUAUUAGACUCAGUCACAACAGGCAAAGACAGCACUAAGUUCCAAAUCAUCAAUGAAGUAACUAAGAUUCCUCUCCUGGCUGAAGUUUAUGGUAUAGAGAGAAACAUUUUUAGGCUUAAAAUCAAUGAAGAGACUCCACUGAAACCGAGAUAUGAAGUUCCUGAUGUCCUUACCAGCAAGCUAAGCACUGUAAGGUUGAUCUCAUGCUCUGGGGAUACAGGCAGCCUGAUAUUGGAAGGUGGAGAAAGAGAUCUGAAGUGUCAGAUCAUAGCAAAUCCAUUCAAGAUAGAGUUGCUAUCUGAGAAAGAAGUUGUGAUCAGCAUAAAUUCCCUAGGCCAGUUAUAUUUUGAGCACCUACAGAUUCCUCACAAACAAAGAGCUACCACUGAAAGAGAGGAGCAGGUACCCGCUGACACCUCUCAGGAAAGUCAAGAGGAUCUAGGCCUAUGGGAAGAGAAAUUUGGAAAUUUUGUAGAUGUCAAAGCUAAUGGUCCUACCUCCAUUGGUUUGGAUUUCUCCUUGCAUGGAUUUGAACAUCUUUAUGGAAUUCCGCAACAUGCAGAAUCACACCGACUUAAAAAUACUGAGGAUGGAGAUGCUUAUCGUCUUUAUAAUCUGGACAUCUAUGGAUAUCAAAUACACAGCAAAACAGGAAUUUAUGGCUCAGUGCCAUAUCUGCUGGCACAUAAACUGGGCAGGACUAUAGGUAUUUUCUGGCUGAAUGCUUCUGAAACACUAGUGGAGAUCAACACAGAGCCUGCAGUAGAGUACACAUUUACUCAGAUGGGCCCAGCUGCUGCUAAACAAAAGGUCAGACCUCGAACAGACGUGCGCUGGAUGUCAGAAAGUGGAAUCAUUGAUGUUUUCCUUUUGACAGGACCUACACCUUUUGAUGUCUUCAAGCAGUACUCAUUUCUUACAGGUACACAAGCCAUGCCCCCUCUCUUCUCUUUGGGGUACCACCAGUGUCGUUGGAACUAUGAAGAUGAGCAGGAUGUAAAGGCAGUGGAUGCAGGAUUUGAUGAGCAUGACAUUCCUUAUGAUGUCAUGUGGCUGGACAUUGAGCAUACUGAGGGCAAGCGGUAUUUCACCUGGGACAAGAAAAGAUUCCCAGCCCCCAAAAGGAUGCAAGAGCUACUCAGAAACAAAAAACGUAAGCUUGUAGUCAUUAGUGACCCACACAUCAAGGUUGAUCCUGACUAUUCAGUGUAUGCUAAGGCCAAAGAACAGGGCUUCUUUGUGAGGAAUCCAGAAGGGGGCGACUUUGAAGGAGUAUGCUGGCCUGGUCUCUCUUCUUAUCUGGAUUUCACCAAUCCCAAAGUCAGAGAGUGGUAUUCAGGUCUUUUUGCUUUCUCUGCUUAUCAGGAAUCUACGGAUAUCCUCUUCAUUUGGAAUGACAUGAAUGAACCCUCAGUCUUUAAAGGGCCAGAGCUAACUAUGCAAAAGAAUGCCAUUCAUCAUGGUGGCUGGGAGCAUAGAGAACUGCACAACAUCUAUGGUUUUUAUCAGCAAAUGGCUACAGCAGAGGGACUAACACAGAGAUCUAAAGGGAAGGAGAGACCCUUCGUUCUUUCACGUUCUUUCUUUGCUGGAUCACAAAAGUAUGGUGCAGUAUGGACGGGUGACAACACGGCAGAAUGGAGUUACCUGAAAAUUUCUCUCCCAAUGUUACUGACUCUCAGCAUUACUGGGAUCUCUUUCUGUGGAGCUGAUGUAGGUGGCUUCAUUGGGAAUCCAGAGGCAGAGCUGCUUGUGCGUUGGUACCAGGCAGGAGCCUACCAGCCUUUCUUCCGUGGUCAUGCUACAAUGAAUACCAAGCGAAGAGAACCCUGGCUAUUUGGGGAGGAACACACCCAGUUCAUCCGAGAAGCCAUCAGAGAGCGCUACACCCUCCUGCCCUAUUUAUAUUCUUUGUUCUAUCAUGCCCAUGUGGCUUCCAUACCUGUCAUGAGGCCUCUGUGGGUAGAGUUCCCUGAUGAAUUAGAGGCUUUUGGUGUAGAAGAUGAAUACCUGCUGGGAAGUGCUUUAUUAGUACAUCCAGUCACAGAAGCAAAAACCACAAUGAUAGAUAUAUUUCUGCCAGGACCUAAUGAGAUCUGGUAUGAUUCUAAGACAUUUGCUCAUUGGAAAGGAGGACACACUGUGAAGAUUCCAGUAGCCUUGGAUACUAUACCAGUGUUUCAACGAGGUGGAAGCGUGGUGCCAAUAAAGACAAUGGUAGGAAAGUCCACAGGUUGGAUGGCUAAUUCCCCAUACGGACUCCGGGUUGCUCUAAGCACUAAGGGUUCUGCUAUGGGAGAGUUAUAUCUUGAUGAUGGCCAUUCAUUCCAGUACCUCCACCAGAAGCAAUUCUUGCACAGGAAGUUUUCAUUCUGUUCCAGUGUUUUGAUCAACAGGUGUGCUGAUGAAAAGGGUCAUUAUCCCAGCAAGUGUGUGGUUGAGCAGAUCCUGGUCUUAGGCUUCAGGAAGAAGCCAUCUUCCGUGAUCACCCAUUCAUCUGAUGGUAAGGAUCAGCCUGUGGCUUUUACAUAUUGUGCCAGAACAUGUACCCUGAGCCUGGAGAAGCUUUCCCUGAACAUUGAUGCUGACUGGGAGGUUCACAUCAAAUGACAAAAAAGUGCCCCGCUGAUGCACACAGGAAGCUCCCUGCCCCUGUCCACCUUUCUUUUGGCCUUUUUUUUUUUUUUUUUUUUUUUUUGAGAUUUAUGUUGCAAUCUAGUUGGCUUCUUUGGCUGAAAUAAUCUUUCACUAGUUUUUAGCAUACUAAUGAACAAUAGGUUUUAUAUUUCAACCAGGCCCAAUUUUUGGCACAGAGAAAAAAGAGGCAGGAAGAUUAUGGCUUUGAAGCCAGCAUUGUUUACAUAGUGAAAAACUGUCUCAAAAAAUGAAAGGAAGGAAGGAAGAAAAGAGGAAAGAAUG